CAGUCAGUUGAGUACACGCUGUUGGUCACCAUGCAAGCUUGAAUUCAUGAGCUCCUCCCCGCGCAACGGGACAACGAGGCACUGACAGCGACUAACUCUUGAAGACAUGCGCAGUGCGGGUCCCGAUUUUCUCACUGCAUGAGGUUCGUCGUCCGUAGAUGGCAGGGAGCUUCCGCUCAUACCGCGCCAUCUAUAACCGUAGUGUUUUGGUAUACGAGCCCAGAACAUGGACAGACGAACGUCGAUGCAUAUCGUUACUCUGAUUGUGCUGAAAAUAGUUUAAAUCGACACCGUGACCAUGGAUUGGAACAUGAAUUACACAAAUCCAAUCUGUUCUGACACUUUCCAAGUGGCAGCCAAUGCCACGGAUUUGUUGAGCUAUUCGCCAGCCGCCCGAACCACCAUUACUGUCUUCUUGCCAAUCCUGCUGAUAUUCGGCAUUCUCAACAACAUCGCCUUUCUCAUCGUUGUUUUCCGAGUCCGGGGCAUGAAAACAGUAACCAAUGCAUGCUUGGCCAAUCUGGCCAUCGCCGAUAUAAUCUUCUUGGUGACGGCAAUAGGACAGCGACUGUACACUUACUGCAAGUCACCAAUUUACGCUGAUGCCGCACCUAUUGGGUUGGUAGGAUGUGAGCUUGGGAACCUCACCAAAAGUACCACCUACUUAGCUGCCUUGUGUUCUGUCACGCUGGUGUCUAUGGAACGCUACGAAGGAGUCUGUCAUCCACAGAGGAGUCACAAUCGCACGGGAACCAAAACCUAUCGCUGGCUACUGUUGGCAUCCUGGCUAGGGGCCCUAACGGUGUCAGCAACUUUUAUACCGAGUUAUCUAAAAUACGAAACAGUUUGCUUGAUAUGGCCGGAGGAAUUCAGUCAUUGGCCGGGUACGUGGAGUACAUGCAAUCCGGUGGAGCGAUGGUGGACCAUUUACACACACGUCGCGCAAACUAUUCCAUUUAUCGUGGCAUUCUUCAUCAACGUGGCUCUUUACGUGAAUAUUGUGCGUGGCCUCAAUGCGUCCGUCAGACGUGCACGUCUCACAAGCCUCAAGGACAAAAACGCCAGGUUGCGUAACCAGAUUGCAUGGAUGCUUAUAGUGAACGGUCUGGUAUUUUUUGUCUUACUCGGGCCGUAUGAAAUCCUGUCUUUGGUCAAGGCAGUGACGCCCAUGGGCACCACGGCUGUUCUGGAGGAAAUCUUCAAGUGCUUGUCCUACACGAAUUCAGCUAUUAACCCCGUGAUUUACAUUUCAAUGAGUAGUAGGUAUCGGGCCGCCUUUGGUGUGGUUUUCCUCCCGCCUUUUGGCAAGAACAAGUUCCGAAAGGCUAACAACACGUCGCAGAACAGCGCCAUUUCCAGUCUGUUGGACAUCUGCAGGGAUUCUCAGGUUUAAGUCGCAGACGACGCAACCACCACGGGACCAAGAGAAAACUCUUGCUCUUCUUGCGAAAUUCCAACUGAACCUCUGACUUAAAAAUAUCAUACUCGGGAAUGCUCAUAAAGAUAAGAUCAGGUCUGUUUAAUGCAUGUAUGGCUUCAGGUGAUAUAAUUUUCCACGGGUGAAAAUGUACUCCCAAUGGUGCUUUGAGGACUUCACGGCACGUCCAGAGCUCGUUACUCAACGAAGAAUGGAUCCCGAUUACUACGCCGAUGAACUGCUGCUGUACUGAUCGAUAUGCCCGCACUCCUGUCUCCAUCUAUUGUAUCGAGCACAGCAGACGAUAUUUACAGCCACACUUGAAGAACAUCGAGCCAGCUUGGAACAUUUGCACGAAUUAGACAACCAGAAAUCUGCACAUUGCGUAUUUGUUGAGCACUUGCGGGCUUCAUUUAAUAGCAUACUCAAAAUUUCACUGACUUAUUAUUCUUCGUGUGCAGUGUUUGAGAAUGUGAUGUUAGGAUUGCAAUUAUUACGGUUUCUAAAACCAGAAAUUACAGUCAACAAUUCCCACUGAAAAGUCUAGCUGUGUCAUCUACAUGUAUAUGAAAACAUAAGGACUAUAGACGUGAAGUCUAUCCAAGAAUUGUGAUUGGAAGGUUGAUUGUGGAAUUAACGUAGCGCGCGCGGUUUGAACUCUGGUCGCAGACUAUACUGUGACUUUAAAUGCCUUAUCAUCCUUUGAUUGUAAAUUUUAAGUUGGUGUAAAGACUGAAUUAUUCUCUUUGGAAGGGAGUCUCGAGACCAAAUAGAGAAAUAAUUUUAAAUGAAUACGUGGUUCGAGUUUUAAUUAAAUUCCCUUUCGAUUGCAGGACUAAAUUAUACAGUUUUAAAGUGUAAAUACAAGUAUAUCUUAGCUGGCCACUGAAAGUGACUUUUGCUUAUUUUGGAAGAACUGAACAAUUUUGUGCAUGUUAGUCGUAAAUUAUGAAUUAUUUAGUAUCUCAAAAUUUGGAAACGAUAAAUUUAGCUGAAUUUUCGUUAAUGGUUCAAGGAUAGUUUCAAUAAGUGACAUACGGUCUGUUGCCAAUAGGUCUUGUCCGUUUUAUUUUCAUAAGAAGUGUCUUUUUGGUUUAACAACCAUUUCCAUAGCCUUCAGGGACAUAAUACUCCAGUCGAUUAAAAAUCAAUGUUCCUUUAUGACUGAAAUGGACUUAUGAAGGACGACAGAGUUGUGCAGUAAACUAUUCCAUCCAGUCGAAUCUAUCAAUUUUUCUGUUCUUUUGCGUGCCCAGAACACAAAGUAAUAAUUGUCUGGACAGUAUAUUUCUUGCUACAUAUAUCAGUUGGUAUCAGAAUGAACAGUGCCUUACCUGUGUAAAGUAGAUUCGAAAAGUUAAUACUAAUAUUAAAAUAUUCCACGAAUGACUUGUACAAGACCUGCUAUCCUGCAUACUUGGAUUCUAAGGUUUUGUGUAGCCAACAGCCGUAAUGAAUUGGUAUGUUGUGCCAUAGUGAAUCAUUGACGAGAUACCUCAUUCGUGCUAUUUUCACCCUCAUCCUCUGUAUCUAUUCAUUUUAAUUGAAGACACUUGAGGGUGUGUAUUAUAAUAUGUCCGGGCAGUGUAACGAACAAAGAUCCUACCGUGAAUUCGCUGAAUGUUAAUUUGCAUUGAACUGGAGUCAGUUAGAAAAAAAAUUAAGGGAAAUGAUCAAUGGAAAGUAGGUCUAAGUAGAAAGACAUUUAUAAUCUCGAAAUAAAGCAAAGUAAGUGAGGUCCCUUGGUGGGACUGGAGGCAAAUGAUUAUCAGAAAAUUAAGCAAAACUGAUAUUUCGCUUUUUUAAGUAGCAAACUUUGGCAAAUCUGGAGUUGGUGUUCGGAUGAGAAAGGUCACUCCAGGGUACCGGCAACGACAUAUUCAUUUCAUUGUUUUCUUUCACAUUUUGUGGUUCCUUGUAAUUUUAACCUUAUGAACGGCUAACAUUCAUUUGUUAGUAUCUAGAAGUAAGAGUAGGAUAUUUUCUGACUUUUGCGUAUAUGGAGGUGUUACAUGUAAAUACUCUGUAAAUUAUUUCGUAGCGGUUGAACGGUACAGAUGUACAAGUCAGUAAAAAUGCACACAUUAAUGAGAAAUGCAUGACAAACAUCUGUCAAUGAUGUUUUGGCACUUAAAACGGUCACUUAUACUCCUGUCUAUAUUUUUUUCCUUUUUAAUUCAUGGUGCACGUUGCUGAUGUUUAUCCAGGAAUCAACCACCUAAUAUGCUGUGGCUUAGGCUGGUCAUCAAAGGUACCAAUCUUAAAAAAAAGAGUGAUGUAAUUGUUCUCCGGUUAGGUGCAGUGUGGAUUGUUAUAUAUGUACUUGUGUUCGUCACGUGCUUGAGUAAUACAAAGUGUGGGCUUUUAGCUGAUUUGCUUUUGUGAGUAGAUAUCAAAAUAGUGGAAAUGUAAACUCACCACAAUGAAGUACAUCGAUUCUAGUACGAUAAUAUUACACAGUGCAAUGUUGUGAGAAAUGAUUGAAUGUACAGGAAACGAAACCUUCAAAUCCACUCAAUCAGUAGAACUUUUAUAGUCAAAUCUAUUUGUGUUUUUUAACAGUGGUAAAUAUUUGUGUGGGGCCAAAUCCAGUGGUGUACAAAUCUGGAAAUGUCCAGUUAAUAUUUAAAGCACUUAUUAGUACAGUGCCUUUUAUGUGAGUGGUGCCACUGUUUAAGCUCUUUGUCAGAGAAUUUAUCUUUGCAUAAUUAUUUUAAAGGAAUGUUUGGAACUCAUUAAUCACGUUUGACUGAUUCUUUUCGGGUACCACUGCUACUCGAUCAAUGAGCAAUGACCAAUAAUAACUUUUCCUUCAGCUUCUCUUGCCAGUUUACAAUUUAAUGCCAGCUCUUUCCUGACAAGAAAGGGCUCUGGCUCACUGUUAAUAGCUGUAACUAAGUCAAGGGUCGUAUCGGAAAUGGUGUUAAGAUCAAUAUCCACGUCUUGAGGGUCCAAUGUUUAUCCAAUUGUUUCCAAUUGUUAUUAUUUAAAUUUUUCUCGUUGUUUUGCCAAUAUGCUGUCCUUCAUUUUCGUAUUUUCCCCCGAAUUUUAAUGGAGUUUUGACGGACGUAUUCCUUCAUCACCAAUGUCAUUUCCAUCGGACUGAAACAGUAGUAGCCGUGUGUGUUACAAAACGCUGUGGAUAACUAGGGGCGGCAUUAAUAUUGUCUUCUUUGUGACAGUAAUCGUGCUUACAGACACAUUUUUGCUUGUAUUCACCCCAUAAAAGGCUGGGUUUGGGUGACUUUCUUUUUGGACCAACCGCAGGCACUCCAGAAUCAGCUGUUUCAUGACCAAUCAUUUUUCAUUGAAGUUGGCAAACACAUGAAAUAUCCAUUAUGACUAUGUCUUUCAAGUUUCAAUUGAAUCCAACGGAGGGUUCUGUCUUACCUUUUUUCUGAUUUCAUUGUUUUGAGCACAGUCACUGAAUAGAGUUGUGCAAAUGUAGCCUAGACCUGUCUUUGGAAAAUGUACCUUUUCCUGGAAAGGUAUGUCAGAUAACAAUUUAUGUUGUCAAAUGGAUGCAAUCCACUGGCAGAAAACGGGAAGGCUCAAUGCGGUAAAAAUACGCAGUGUUGACAUUGGAGAAUUCAAGGAAACAAGAGGGGGACCCACGACGAAUAUUCUGUUUUCCGUAGUCAAAACAAAUGUAGAAUUUGUUUUUUAACCUCUCGUAGCUUUUCUGAGAGGUUAGGCUAAAUUGUGGAGCCUUUGAAAUGCUUCAGGAAAGGAAGGGGAAUGAAACGGCUUCCCAAAUUACCUUCAUCUCAUUCUGUUAAAAAAAUUAUUGCCUGGGGGCAUAGCCCGUCCUCUUGAAAGAGAACCAAUCCUCGCCUUGUUUUGGUGUUAAGUAAUCAACCGUAAGAGAAAGCAACAAGAGCACGCAAGAGCUGUGGCGUUGCAUGCAUAAGCUGGCCGUGUAAAUAGCCUUCGCUUUGCAGGAGACACAUGCAUGAAUAUUUAAAACACAAUUAAAUUGCAGGCAACAUGCAGGCGUCGUUAAUGGUACUGCUUAGGUUGUUGCGGGCACGUUUUGCCUGGAAUUUGAAACUUUACUCGAAACUUUACUUUUUGAGAAAAGCAUAUUAUGUCGUUUCACACGUCCCGAAUGGAAAACACUUUGAAAUGUAUUUUGUUUAGCUGGUAACAUGUUCCCGUGUUUAGUUUUUCAAAUGAUUUCCACAUGUAUUAAGUUACCAUUUUGAGCCUUUAUGUUGCUUACCGUAAUGUGUAAUUAUUUUGAAGUUGAAAUAAUGCUGAUCAUUUAGAAGAUGCUCCAGGAAUUUAAAGAUUGCUCGACACAACAAUUUUCAAGAAAUCACUGAUAUGUCACAAGUAGAACAGGCUGGCAGUAGACACAUUCGUUUCCGCGUGUGUGGUAUGCGUGAUGAGCACGUGCAUUUGACGUCGUGUGUGUAUGUCAACCUAUCUCGCGUGAGUCUCAACUCCUAGAGUGUUUCCAAAGGGAGGAACGGUUCUCGACUGUGAUAUUGAGAAAGUAUCUGAGGCAGCACAGGACUUGUUAAGCCUACGUGUGUUUCUAUAGUUUGAGUCCUGUGAACUUGCUCAAGACUCGGAUCUGUCUGUCUUUAGAAGAUAGUGCAAACAGAUACGAAGAAUAUGACUCGGCACCAAGAAAAACCUGCCUCGGCUAAUUUACGGUGGUCCUCAUAUUGCGGUACGCCCAAUCUACAGUCAUAAUUAUAAGAGGACCCUGUAGGAUUACUAUGCUCCGUCUCAGUUUUACGCGCAAUCAAGCCCGUUGCUGCUCCCUUUUCAUUUUCCAAGUCAUAUCAACCGAAGCGGUUGAUGAUGAUUGUCUCUUCUUAAAUCGCCACCCUGUCUUGUAUAUCUGUGCCUGUUUUUCAUCACUGUCCUGUCGUGAUACAAGUAAAUUCAUGUACACGCAGGUUAUUUAUUUAUGUGGGAGCGAUGCUGCGUUCAGCAGAAGUAAAUUUGGCUCGGUCGCCCUGUGAGUAAAUCCUGCCCGACUAACCUGUCAUCGUUGAUGUUGUGCUCAACACGGUCUCCUUUGGUCAUAAUUGCACCAUUGGUUAAGUUUAAAGUAAUCGCAUAUAAGUUGACUGACGUGGUUGCAGCGUUUGGGGUUAAAGUAGAUCAAAGAGUUAACAGCAGCGUAACAAACCAUGUCUUUCGCGUAAGUUAAGAAAACAGUUUAUGAUCAUCAUAGGCCUAUGGCUCGAAGGUGGAAAUGCAUUCAGAACUCAUCAGCAGUUUUACACUCGAACGUGGCUUGUACAGAAAACGGAUUGCUGAAUGUGUGCGUCGGUAAUUCUGUCAACAUGCUUUUCGCGGUAAGAUAAAAGGAUUAGCAAACCAACUUGCGCCUUCGGUGACGAUUUGUGGGUGGCUUUCUCAUGAUUAGACCCUUUAUGAAUGAUGCAACUUUCGGUUGGAAGAACAGACGGACCAGCAUAGGCACAUUUAACGACUGACUGCAUCCUGGUGAUGAAUGAACAUUUUCCGGUUCAGUUCUUCAAGUUUGUGGCGAUUGAUUUUGACUGGUUUGGUAACAAUUGUGAUCGUUUUCGUUGUGAACAAUUUAAAUUGUAAACAAUAGGGGACUGACACGGAGCGUGACUGAGAUGUAGAUUUCGCCACACCCUCAGCAUAACAUUUCCUGAGACAUUGCUUGUCGAAAUAACUCAAGGGUGGUUAGAGUCAGUUUGGUUGACUUGUCAGGUUUAAGGGAGACAGGCUUCACCUGAAGUAGGUCUUGAGAGGAAUCGAUUUGACAUUCAUGAUAUCCUGAAUAAACAUUCGGUUUGCUCUCUAAUAAUAAGUGGUGAUGGGGUCUGUGACCAACGCUAGCCCACCGUAACUAUGCUGCAGUUGUCACCCCCCAAAUUGGUUUUCUGUUAUUUGUUGAAACCUAGCUGGGCGCAGCUUCUCGUUGCCAAGGCUGGUUCUGUGUGACGACCAUAAUAUUCCAAGUCCUGGGGAACUCCAGAAGGAAGGUUACCAUUUAGAUUUACGGUUUUUUAAUUUUUUUUUCAGUCGUUUAAAUAUAUGACUUGCGAAUUACCGGGAAAAUACCGACUGUGCGUCCAUUGACAUGACCGACAGUAACACGCAAACAGCUGGACGGACUGACACUCCUACCGUAUUGAGUGACAUGAAAAAGGACUGUCCUCACUGAGUUUUUUUUUUGCCGAAUCAUUCCCUGAUUUGGCGCGAGUAUCGGUAAUUACUGUGAAAAACAGUGAGAGUGUAAAGUAUAUAUACAUAUUUUUUUUUUUUGGUUUGUUGUCGGUAUUUGUGCCGAUGACCUGCUACAAGUCGUGAUAAGGAUGAAGCCACAAUCGCACAUAUUAAUUCAAAACUGUUUGAGAAAUGUGAGAACAACUGUUGACUAGGUAUCCAGUUUAGGCUUCGCAGUGUCGCAGUGAGCUCAUUGAAAUGCAGGGGCGUCGAGGCGGACGAAAGUGAUCAUUCCCGCCGAAUGGCGGAAGCAUGAGACAUUCAUGUUGAAUGAGAUCCCAGGCGCCCCUUGAUUGGGACACAUCACCGUGCACUGCACGCAUACGCGGCUGUCGGUGAAUGUGCCGCCUGCAAUAGUCUUGUGCGCACCCCCAAACAAGCUGCAAUUUUCAUCAAUUAUCGGACAAAGGCGACGGCAGCGCUUGUCGAAUGUCUUUGUAAGAGACGAAUUCUUCGACUUAAUCUAGUUACUUCAUGAUAUACAUAUCAGGCACCUUUCUGAUUACAGAGAUCAAAGCACGAAAUAACUGAAAAAAUGUGAAUAAAUAACGUUUUUAUUCAGAUCAUAGCGAAACCUAAGAGGUGGCUUCUUGUUACAUGAAACAAUUUUAGCUCGUAUAUUACACACGGUGUACUGAUAAGCGUAAUCCUUAACCACAUUGAAAAUUCACAAUUGUUACUUGAUGUUUACUGUUAUAGUUCAUUCAUAAUUGUUCAAUGCGAAAAUCACUUGAAACAGUAGUGCAUCUGAUGUCUUUAUUCAAUUUCAGUCCUAUUCAAUUUCUCAAGCAACCAGACACCUCUUUACCCCGACGGCUUAACCUAGUAUUGAAGGUCUGGUCGUUAAGACAGGUGCAAUGUCAAAUUUUAGUUUCCGGGAAGAAUCCUCGGUUAUAAGCGUCGCCCCCGGCAUUAUUUGUGCAAGCACGCAGAAUGCCAACAUCCCAACUGUGUGUUUAGUAAAUCCAAACACUUGUGUUGAAUGGAGUAUGAUAGUUGCUUUCUUAACGUCUUGAGGUUUGCCUUGUACAAAUAUAAGUUCAAAGGCUUGGUGGUUAGACAAAAUGUAUUAUAUUGCUUGUUGUUGUUACCUGAUUUCUGUGUAUACUGCAAUGUUUUGAGCAUGACAAAAUAAAACAAACCAGAUUACUGCCUAUUAAA